AUGGGAUUGUUAUUUGGUUCCACAGUAGUACUAGCAUUGGCAGUAGUUGCUAUUCUAGUGUCUUCCUGGUUACAACCUAAACUGCCCCCUGUCUGGGAGGGAGACACAGCAACAGGCUGGAAACCAUUGACUGAUAUUUUUAGGAAAAAUGUUGAAAAUGGAUUGGAGAAGGGUGGGGCAUUUGCAGUGUAUUAUAAGGGACAGCAAGUGGUUAAUCUAAGAGGUGGCUAUGCAGAUAUUGAAGCUGAAAUCCCCUGGAGCAAAAACACAAUAACACAGGUUAUGUCUACCACUAAGGCUGUUGCAUCCAUUACAAUUGCUCUACUAGUUGACAGAGGUCUUUUAGACUAUGAUGAACCAAUAGCUAAAUACUGGAAAGAAUUUGCCCAGAAUGGAAAAGAGAAAAUAACUUUGAGAACAUAUCUCAGUCAUCAGGCAAGUUUGAUCACAGUAGAUCAACCAUUCUCACUAAAGCUUAUGACAUCAAACUGGCAGAAAGCAGGAAGGAUACUAGCCAGACAGAAACCUGUUUGGGAACCAGGUACUAAACAUGGCUAUCAUCUGUGGUCCAUUGGGCUGUAUUUGGAUCAGUUAGUAAGAAGAGUAGACAGUAAACAGAGAAGUUUAUCACAAUAUUUUCAAGAGGAAAUUGCACAACCAUUUGGUAUUGACUUCUUCAUUGGGCUACCACUAGAGGAAAAUCACAGAUGCGCUAGGUUGUAUAAACGGGAACUCAGUCAUCUUUUCACUCAGUCCUGGGAGUCUUGGAAAAAGCUUUACAAAUUUCUGACAAAUUUAGGGACCAAUUUUGCCAGAGCCAAUGAGCCUUUCUUGGAGCCUGCAGCUAUGUUUAGUAAUCCAAGUUUAGGAAACAAACCACACUUUAGAAGCUUCAUUAAUGCAGCAGCUUAUGGGUUUAGUAAUGCAGCAUCAGUAGCUAAGCUAUUCAGCAUCGUUGCCCAUGGACUAGAUAAGACCACAAACAAAACGUUCAUCUCCAAGGCAACCGUGGAGUCCAUGACGAAGCCUUUGGUAGGAGGUCCAGACGCUAUUAUUUCAAACAACUUCACAUAUGCGACAGGUUAUAUGGUGUUUGACACCCCUCAGGGUAGAAGUAUUGGUCACCCAGGAUGGGGUGGACAGUAUGGACUGAUGGACCUGGACAAGGACUUGGCUUGGUCAUAUACAACCAAUCAUAUUAGUGGCUGUAUGAUUGAUAAACAUUAUACACAGCUACAAGGGGCGAUGUAUGCUGCAGUUGACUCCUUGGAACGUACUUGACAUUUGGACUUUACAAAGCUUGCAAUUCACGAUUGAACACAAGUUUAAUUUGAGUAAAAAUGGCAUAUGGUAAUAAUUGAAUAUGCAUAUUUUACAAAGCCUUUUUCAAUUAAAUAUGAAAAUUCUCAUUUAAGUGACUUGUGUCUGAUGCAUAGAUACCCCAGCUAGAAGGGUCCAUGUAUGCUGUAAAUUAUUCCUAAGAACAGACUUGAAACAAAGACUCAAUAAAAAUAUUUAUCUGAGAAGAAACAUGACAGCAUGUAAUACUGAAGAACAAAAUUGAAAUGAAU